AUGGAUCCUACUGGGAUCCCAACCCGCUUUCAGGAUGGUUUGGCGCAGCAGAAUCAGUCAGAAAACGCCUGUGCGCAGAUGGGUGACACUGGAAAGCUCAAGGGCGCUGCACCAGAAAGCGAACUGCUGUCUUCUACAGAAAACCUUACUAAGAGGGAUGACCUAUCCCCCAAAGACGACCAGAACCGCCGUGGAUGGAGAAAGAUUGUCCGAAAUUUCACACCUUCAUGGUUCUCGGUAAACAUGGGCACGGGAAUUGUGUCAAUCCUGCUUCACAACCUCCCUUACAAUGGAAGAUGGCUUUACUGGAUCUCUGUCGUGAUCUUCUGUCUCAACGUGGCACUCUUUACAACUUUCCUCUGUAUCUCGAUCGUAGGCUACACUCUGUACCCUGCCAUUUGGAGAGCUAUGAUCCGGCACCCAGCACAAUCUCUGUUUCUAGGCACCUUUCCUAUGGGAUUUGCAACUAUCGUCAACAUGGUGGUCUUCGUCUGUGUGCCUGCAUGGGGCUACAGAGCCGCCCAACUGGCUUGGGCUCUCUGGUGGAUUGACGCUAUGUCUCUUCACACAGCCGAACUCAAAUCCAUGACUGCCGCUUGGCUUCUCCCUAUUGUUGCUCCUAUUGUCGCCGCUGCUACCGGCGCCAUCGUCGCCGAUGUUCUCCCAAACCCCCAGCACGCCUUGAUCACGGUCAUAGUAUCGUAUAUUUUAUGGGGAACGGGCGUUCCACUCGCCAUGGCAGUUCUGGUAGUAUAUUUUCAACGUUUGACGAUCCACAAACUCCCACCUCGCGAGGUUAUUGUCUCGGUCUUUCUCCCCCUCGGCCCUCUAGGCCAAGGCGGCUUCGGCAUUCAGAAACUAGGGAUGGUUGCCAUGAAGAUAUUUCCUCAGACUAGAACGCUUAGCGAGGCUACAACCAAGUCUGGGGAUAUCCUCUACGUGAUGGGUUAUUUGAUGGCUCUUAUUAUGUGGGGAUUUGGAUUAGUCUGGCUCUUCUUCGCAUUGGCGAGUAUCAGUCGGAGCAAAUUCCCCUUCAAUAUGGGAUGGUGGGGUUUCACUUUCCCACUGGGAGUCUUCACUACCUCGACAGUUCAGAUGGGUAUGGAAUUACCUUCGGCCUUUUUCAGAGUUCUUGGCACCAUUCUCUCCGUUAUUGUGACGUUAUUGUGGAUAAUGGUAGCAACUACAACGAUCCGGAAGGCUAUCACUGGAGAUUUGUUCUUUGCGCCGUAUUUGAAAGAUGUAGAGGAAAAGGAAGAAUUAAAGAAGAAAAACUUUGGACAGGCUGUGUAA